UUUAAUAUGAAAAUAUCAUUUUCCUACAUUAUUUUCGUAGUUGUUGGAACGUUUUAUUUUGGUGUAAUUGAAUAUUUUGGUAGCUAAUUUUAGCGUAGGGGAAUUUAAGAUUGUUCCUAUGAGCAUAUGAACCAUUGUCUUUAAUUUGGGUUUACCUUUGCUUAAAACUGGUCUGGUCAUUGAAGAUUGCUCACAAGAUAAUUAGCAAUAAAUGAGUGAGUGGGUGGGGAACUCAACCACUUGGUUAGCUUUCAGCAUUCACUUUUUCUUCAGCUAACCAACCGUUAAUACAUCAGUGCCUCUCCAGGACUGCGUAGUCAUGGCAAUUAUUGAAGAGCCUGAUGGUUUUUCUUACUUUUCUGACUUAUCCUUGUUAGUGACUUUUAUUAAUCAUUUAUUAAAAAAAGUACAUUUUUAUAUGAAAGCUUGGUGCAUUUGAAUGACAAUGCCCUUAAUUAAAAAUAAGUUUAGUUGGUAAUAUUUUCCUGUGGAUUUAUAAUUGGGCAGCCUUGCAGUUCUCUUGGUGCAUGAUUAAUUUUAGCCGUGCUUUGCUUUUAAUUGAACCCAUAUUUAGUUUUUGUUUACAUUUAUUUUUGUAUUUGAGCAGGUGUAGAACGAACAGUAGUUCUCAAAGGUCGUGCACCUGUUGAUGCCCUCUGUCCAAUUGCUACAACUUCUCAUGUGUUGGAGGAAGAUGAUGACAUAUGGGAUUGCAUGCUGAAUCAGACAAACAUUCAGUUUAAUAACAAUAAGUAUUACCUCAUACAACUGUUGAAGGAUGAUGGUAAAGGUGCAUAUUCUGUGUGGAUGCGGUGGGGCAGAGUAGGGGCAAAUGGGCAGAAUAGUUUACAGCCUUGUGGAGGAGACUUGGAAAAAGCUAAGAGUAUAUUCAUGAAAAAGUUCAGUGACAAAACUCGAAAUGACUGGAAUUUGAGGGACUCUUUUGAAAAGGUGCCAGGUAAAUAUGACUUGCUUGAAAUGGAUUACUCCAGGGAAGAUAAAACUGAUUCUGCAAUAAAAGCCAAUGAUAAGAUUAAGGAGGAAAGAAAAAAAAUUGAGUGCAAACUUGAAGCUCGUGUACGCGCACUGAUUGAGUUGCUUUGUGAUGUGCGUGUCAUGGAGGAGGCAGUUGUUGAAAUGAAGUAUGAUGCUAAAAAGGCCCCUCUUGGGAAGUUGACUACAGAACAGAUUAAGGCUGGCUAUCUAGCCUUGAAAAGUAUUGACGAUAUCAUUAUGAAGGGAAAGUACACAAGUAUGGAACUGGUUCAUGCAUGCAAUGCCUUCUAUACUAGGAUUCCCCACUACUUUGGGAUGAAAGUUCCUCCACUGAUUAAAACAAAAGCUGAAAUACAGGAGAAGGUAGCUUUACUGGAAGCACUAGGAGAUAUUCAGGCAGCACUCAGCGUCUUGGAUCAGCCAAUUGACGUCAACGUACAUCCAGUUGAUCAGCAGUACAAUAGUCUUCAGUGUAGCAUUAGUCUUCUGAGUAAAGACACUGAUGAUUAUAAGGUACUGGAAAAAUAUUUACAAAGUACUCAUGCAAAGACACACAGCAACUUCAAGAUGGAACUCUUGGAAGUGUUUGUAAUCCGAAAAGAAAUGGAAUACGAAAGAUUCAAAGAUGUUGGGAAUCGUAUGCUAUUGUAUCAUGGAUCAAGGCUUUCUAACUGGGCUGGUAUCUUGAGUCAGGGUUUAAGAAUAGCUCCACCUGAGGCUCCAUCUACAGGGUAUAUGUUUGGAAAGGGCAUCUAUUUUGCUGAUAUGUCAAGCAAGAGUGCAAAUUAUUGUUGGGCAACUCCACGUAAUGACACUGGAUUUCUUUUUUUGCCCUUUCCGAAAGUUUGUUCACUAGGCAAAACAAAUGAUCUUCUUGAUGCUGAUUACAAUGCCCACAAGUUACCAAAAGGAUUCAAUUCGGUAAAAGGCUGUGGUAAAACAGCACCACUACCAGAAAACUUAUCGAAGUUAUCGGACGGAACAGUGGUUCCCAUGGGCCCAGGAGUGCAAACAGCCGUUAAAAAUCCAAAAGGUUAUACAUUGUUGUACAAUGAGUACAUAGUUUAUGAUCCAGCACAAGUCCGUACAAGGUUCCUACUGAAGAUUAAGUUCAAUUUCAAAUAAAAGUUAUUAUAUGUGUAGGGGUUAGGCUACUCAAGGUAAUUUGUGGUUACAUAUUCUACCAAAGAUCUAUGCAAAAGAUUAAUUUGAAUUGCAGCCAAACACUUGUAUAACAUUUUAGUAUUGUGUCAGUUAUAAUACUCAAAUCUGGUGAAUUUCAAAUGGUUUUGUUCAUGCCGUCCACUCAGACUUUGGAACAGUUUGUAAAAUGUUCAAGUAGAUAAUUGCAUUGUUGAUGGUGUGUCCAAGUAGAUAAUCACGCUGGUUAUGGAAUGAGUAAUAAUAAUUGACAUUCUGCUAAUUUUAGUGUAAAAAUAUUUAUGGAUGUUUCUCUUGAUUUACUGUUAUGACUACUACAUUAAAUAACAAAUUACUUUUAUUCCAUUCAUUAUGUAAGUUUUUUCAUGUUCUAAAAGUAAUGGUUUUUCACAUGCGACAGCUGUCGGUUAUAGUAUUUGUCGUGGAAUAAAACUGAGAAUUUUGA